AUGACCAUUUUGAAAACAAUUUCAAAUCCACAAUAUCUUAAUCUUCUUCAAAAAUGUUCAACAAUGGACCAACUCAAACAAAUCCACGCCCAGACCAUAACCACAGGGCUAGCCCGGUUCACUUACAUAGCCAGCAAACUCUUGGCAUGUUCAUCUAAAUUUGACAUUAAUCACACCCACAAAAUCUUUGCACAAAAAACUAUACAUACAAUCUUUGAUUACAAUACAAUGAUGUUAUCUUACUCUAACACUCCAAGAAAAAACAUGGGUCUUUUUCUUUACACGCAAAUGUGUAAAAAUGAGGUUGACCCGGAUGAAUAUACAUUUCCUAUAUUGAUAAAAACAUGUGCUUGUUUUGUUUCUGUGUGUCAAGUUCAUGGGCAGGUUUUCAAGUAUGGGAAUGUGAGUGAUGUUUAUGUGUCGAGUUCGUUGAUAUGUAUGUAUUCGGGUUAUAAAGUUGUGAACUUUGCGAAAAGAGUGUUUGAAGAAUGUGAGUAUAAGAAUGUGGUUUGCUGUACUAGUUUUAUAACUGGGUGUUUUGGUAAUGGGCUUGUGGAAAAUGCGCGUAAGGUGUUUGAGGAAAUGCGUGAGAGAAAUGAUGUGACGUAUAGUGCGAUGAUUUCUGGUCUUGUUAGGAAUGAGCGGUUUGAUGAGGCGAUUGAGUUGUUUAAGGAGAUGGAGGGAAUUGGGGUUUUGAAAAUGAAUAGGUUGGUUUUGGUGAGUGUGCUUAAUGCUUGUGGUGUAGUUGGUGCUUUUGAUGUAGGGAGAAGGGUGCAUUGUCGGCUAGUUGAUAAAUCGGUUGGGAUUGAUCUUGAGCUUGGUACUGCGUUGAUAGAUUUCUAUGCUAAGUGUGGGGAAAUAGAGAAAGCUGAGGACGUGUUUAGUAAGUUGCGUUUUAAAGAUGUAGUGACAUGGAGUGCGAUGGUUUUGGGGUUGGCUACAAACGGGAAAAAUGAAAUGGCACUCAAGCUUUUUAAGGAGAUGGAGGAGAAAGGACCGGUUCCAAAUGAUAUUACAUUUGUUGCUGUUCUUGUUGCUUGUAAUCACGAAACUUUAGUGAAAGAAGCAUGGUGGUUGCUUGGAAAAAUGAGUAAAGUGUACAAUGUGCGACCAACGAUUGAGCAUUAUGGAUGCAUGGUUGACCUAUUGGCUAGGUCUGGUCAGCUGAAAAGAGCACAGAUACUCAUUAAGUUGAUGCCAAUGGCUCCUGAUGGAGCUAUAUGGGGAUCUUUUAUGCAUGGGUGUUUAACAUAUAAUGAAACACGUCUAGGGGAGAAAGCAGGAAAACAUAUGUUAGAAUUAGAACCUCAACACAGUGGACGGUACGUUCUUCUCGCUAAUAUGUAUGGAGAUAUGGGAAGCUGGGAAGGUGUGGCUAAUUUGAGAAAUAUGAUGAAAAGAAGAAAAGUUGUCACUGCUCCCGGUUGGAGUUUCAUUGAGGUCAAUGGGAUUGUUCAGAAGUUCUUUGCUGAUGGUCAGUGUCAUCCUCGAGUUAAAGACCUCCGUGAAAUCCUAAAAGUACUUAAUAAGGUGUCAAUGACUUAGUUUAAUAUGUUCAUUUGUGUUUUCCAAAGAUGGAAAAAUACUUGAUGGCAAUGGAGGAAGAUCAGGUAUGCCGGUUACGUCGUGCAGGGGAUCUAUGUGAUGAGUUCAGGUCUUCAGGAUACUUCAGGGGAUGUGCUGGCUUUUGGGCUGUUC